UAUCCGAGGGGGCGGAGCCAGAGCCUAUCCGAAGAGAAAGAGCCUUUCUUUGGGCAGAAGGCGGAGGAAGGCGGGCAGGGCGGGUUGUUUGCGGUGUUGCUCCGCUUCGGCGCGGCUGGCUGGGCGGAGGCGGGAUGAGCGCGGCGCCGGGGCUUCCCGGGGGAGGCGGCGGCGUUGGAGGAGGGGGCGGAGCGGGGUCCGGCUUGCCGCCGCUGCCCAAGAGCCUGAGCGGGCUGCUCAACUCCUCGUCCAGCGGGGGCGGGGGCCGUUGGCGGGACUUGGAGCGGCUCUACGCCCAGAAGUCCCGCAUCCAGGACGAGCUGAGCCGCAGCGGAGGGGGCGGGCGGGGCUCGCCAAGGCCGCCCAAGCCCCCCAACCUGGACGCCGCUUUGGCCCUGCUCCGGAAAGAGAUGGUUGGCCUUCGGCAACUAGAUAUGUCAUUACUUUGUCAACUAUACUCCCUUUAUGAGUCAAUUCAAGAAUAUAAAGGUGCCUGCCAAGCUGUAUCAAGUGCAGACUGUGCAUAUGCCCUGGAAAAUGGCUUUUUUGAUGAAGAGGAGGAGUACUUCUAGGAAGAGAGCCAGUCCCAAGAGCAGCGUGUGGAAGGGACUUGCAAUUGUGAGAACAUCCGCACUUAAUCGGAGCUCUGAGCGCAGUCCUGUCUUGUGCUUAAGAAAAGACGCUCUGCUCCUUUGCAACCCAUUUAUUUCAGGCAUGCUGUCAAAUCAAGUUACACACUCUGUGAAUCCUGCUUUAGGAAAGCAACAUGCAACAACUUUCUGGAGCACUCUCAAGCUUGUUCAACAGGCCGUGUCAGUAUAAUUUGUGCACUGGGUGUUUCUGGGCCUGCACAUGUUGGCAAAUAACUUUCCGAAAGCUGUAACUUGGGAUCUUACAAGAAAACAAUGCCACCCCCGGAGUGUAAUAAUACAUACACCAGUAGCUAUAAUUAGAGGCCAUGUAGUUGUAAACACUGUGGAUCUUUUGAACAAGUGUGCCGGCUUUUUUAAAAAAAGAUACGUUUAAAACCCAGAUCAGUUGAACUGGUCUGUAUCUACUCCAAUACUGUUUUGAAUAGACAUCACCUUAAAAGCAUCUUUUAUCACCUUUUUCUGGCCCCAAAUUGACACUUGUGAGUUUAGCCUUUCCCACAAUGAUCCAACUCACCUUCCUUUUUAUUACAUGUUUAGUAAGAAUUUUAACUAUUUAAACCAAUGUAAUAAAAGUGUUUUGAAACAUUUAUAUUUUUACAGUGGACCCUUUGGAUCUGUGGGCUCUGAGUCCACAAUUUCCACCAAUACAUGGAUCAUCAUAUCUUAUAAUUAAAAUGCUAGUGAUGUGAAUAUGGAUGCACUGAAGCAUUGGUGCACUUGUUGUUGCCAUUUAAUAAUAUGAGAUGCAAUCAUUUGCUUUUUCUGGCAGCCAUGGAGGGGGGGGGGCAUCCCGGAACAGUGACCCUGAGUAUCUGGAGGCCCCACUGUAUUCAAAUGCAGAAAAAGCAAAUCAGCCUGCCUCACUGUGUGGCUUGCAGUAUUACAAGCUUACACAAGUUUUUUUUUUUUUUUUGCUGAUUGUUCAGUAGAUAAAAACACGAGGAAUUUUCAUAUAAACUGAGAAUUUUUGAUACUCUUUAAAAUGUUUGGAAAGUAAGCUGUGAGUUUGUUUUGUACAAAUCAGACGCAUGUAUACAAAUGAUUCCUUUGGUAUUAUAUGCAACUUAGUUUUUAUACUAUAAUUGAAAGGUCAACCUUGAACUGUAAUUUAUUAAACUUUUAAAUAAAUAUAAUGCAUACGUA